CUCCUCUUCCUUCAUUACCUGCCAGGCUCAGUAGCUGCCUGGAACUCAGGCUUCCUCAGCCCAGGAACCAUGCCCCUAAGCCUCCUGUGGCUCGGCCUCACCCUGUUGGGAGCCUUGCAGACCCAGGCCCGGAGACAUACCCCGGACCUGAUCCCGGCCCCUCCUCUGCUCAGGGUCCCUCUGCAGCCAGACUUCCAGCACGACAAGUUCCAGGGCAAGUGGUACGUCAUCGGCCUGGGGGGCAAUGCAGUUUCGAAAGAACAAGGCCAAUUUAAGAUGUACGCUACCACCUACGAGCUGAAAGAAGAUGGCAGCUACAAUGUUACCUCCACCCUACUCAAGAAUGAGGAUUGUUACCACUGGAUUAGAACUUUUGUCCCAAGUUUCCUGCCAGGCCAGUUCAACCUGGGCAACAUUAAGAGUUUCCCAGAUUUGCACAGCUACACGGUGCGGGUGGCAGCCACCAACUACAACCAGUUUGCCAUAGUGUUCUUCAAGAAGGUUACUAAAAAUCAGGAGUACUUCAAGACCACCCUGUACGGGAGAACCAAGGAGCUGACCACCGAGCUGAAGGAGCGCUUCGUUCGCUUUGCCAAAUCUCUGGGCCUCACUGAUGACCACAUCAUCUUCUCUGUCCCAAUUGACCAGUGCAUCGAUGAUGCAUGACUGCAGUGAGUAUGGCUGCCCUGAGGAGGGGCUGGCCUCUGCCCAGCGUGCCCCCAGCCACCCUCACCAGCCCCAACAGCAGUGAGAGAGCCAGAAGACCCUCCACUUGGCGUGGCCUGAGGAGCAUGCUCCCUGUUCCUGGCCACCUUCCUGAUCCAGCCCGUAUUGCCUGCUAAAUAAACACAUACCACUAGG